CCCUUUCCUGAAAUCCGAAAUGGCAACUCAAUAUUAUUUGGGGAAACGACUGUCUUAUGAUGGUCAGUUGUGUACAGUCCGAUAUAUCGGUGAAGUUCAAGGCACAAAUGGCGAAUGGCUUGGUGUAGAAUGGGAUGACCCAAAGCGAGGAAAACAUUCUGGUGAUCACGGAGGCAUCAGAUAUUUUGAAUGCCUCAGAAAGAAUGCAACAGCCGCAUCUUUCAUAAGACCCACUCGGAAAACCGAUACUCCCCGCUCUUUUGUGGAGGCUUUGAAGGCGAAAUACGCAUCAGAGGAUUUCGAGGACCCAGAUGUAAAGAUCGUCUUCACUACACAACCAGGUGGCAAUGCCAGACACAGACCAAGUCAACUAAACAAGCCGAAAUCAAGCAUUCGGAUCAGUGGUAAAGAGGUCGAAGAAGUGGGGUUUGACAAGAUCCGCAAGCAACUCGCAGCUUUGAGUGAGCUCAAGAUCAUCAUUCUCGACGGGUUUUGUAUGGAAAGGCCGAUUGCGAGACGUAAAAGCGGAGUAGACUCCUGGCCGGUCGGGUUGUUUGAUAUCAAAGAGGCUUCACCCAAGGCAAUCGAACUAGAUUUGAGCAGAAAUCUGUUUGAGGAGUGGAGAGAAAUAGCCUCCAUCUGCGAACAGCUGGAGAACUUAAAGAGCCUCAGGGUUGAUGGCACCCGCUUCCGUGACACAACGCUCACUGCUUCCGAAGUGACUCGAUGCCACGCUGCAUUCGCCAAUAUCAAACAUCUCAAACUCGAAGAUACACUUUUGUCCUGGGAAAGCAUUACCCGAAUUUCCAAUCUGUUUUCAGGCCUCGUCACCCUAGUUGCCUCCUCCAAUCUUUUCGCAAACUUGCCCACUAUGCAUGCCCCCAAUUCCAUGAUCACCGACCUAAGUCUUGAAGACAAUAUAUUCACCAAUCUCUCAUCUCUCGGGCCACUUGUGUCACUGCCCAAUCUACGUCGCCUCAGUCUCAAAUCCAACAAAAUAUCCUCCAUUAAAUCGAGCGGAUCACAACUCACUCCGGUUUUUUCACAAUCCGUCGCUGAUCUUGACCUCUCCUACAACGAAAUUGAUAGAUGGUCCUUCGUCGACGGUCUUCAGCACACAUUUCCAGGCCUCAAUUCCCUCCGUAUAUCACACAACCCAUUGUUUACUUCGCUUAGAGCCCCUGACGGCAAGGCGAUGACCGCAGAUGAUGGCUACGUACUCGUCCUGGCCCGACUCAAGGGAAUAGAGACGCUCAAUUUCAGCAAGGUGCUGCCUAAAGAGAGGUUGGACGCCGAGUCGUACUACCUUUCCCUCGUAGCCAAGGAAGUGUCGUUUGCGCCAGAUGCAGACGAAGAGAAGAUCUUGCGAACACAUCCGAGAUGGAAAGAGCUAUGCGAAGAGUAUGGCGAACCACUUAUCCAGAGGUCAUCGAAUCAGGUCAAUCCCAACUCCUUGGCGGCUAGGCUUAUGCAGCUGGAAUUGUAUCAGCCAGCAGGUAAGAGAGUGAAGGUGGAGAUACCAAAGAGCGCCACUGCGUACACAUUGUUGGGCGUUGUAUGCAGAACUUUUCAGGUCAAGCCCAGAAUGUGUAGGAUGGUGUGGGAAACUGACGAGUGGAUUCCGACAACAAGAGAUGAAAUGUUUGAUGACGACGAGGCUUCUAAUAGCGAGGUAGACACAAGGGACAUAGAGAAUGUACCGUCGUGCAGGAUCAGUAGGGAAGUAAUCAUCAUACCUGGAACCAAAGGGAUAGGAACAUGGAUAGAGGGCAACAAGGCUGUUGUCCGCAUCGAAACCAGAUGA